GGUUGGAAAGUGUCAGAAGAUGCCCCGGUCCUUCCUAGUGAAGAAGCCCUGCAGCCACAGGAUCCCAAACUACAGGCGCCUGCUGGGACCAAACACAGAGCUGCAGUACGGAGAUCCUUCGGCCCCGAAACAGGACGUCACGGAGGAAGGGAAGCCCCCACCAGCGGUGUCACAGGAGCUCGGGGACGCUGGGCAGAAGGAAGAGUCGGAUAAGACCCCCAUGCAGACCAGAGUGGGGGGUCCUGAGCUAUCUGUUUGCCUCAAUGGACUGCCCUUUAAAGACAGUAUGAUCAGUGUUAAGAACAGGCCGUCGGACGGCGACUGUGAUACCCCAGGGCCAGAGGCCACCUUUCUGCCGCCUCCGCAGACUGUGCCUUCAUGUGUCCUGGAGGCUAUGGCGUGCUCGGACUUUCCCAACGCUUAUUCCAUGUUCUCCGAGCAGAAGCCGUGGCACUUCCAGGGUCCGCCACGCAGGCUCUUCAGCUGCCAGCAGUGUGCCAAGGCUUACACCAGCCUGGGGGCCUUGAAAAUGCACAUUCGGACCCAUACCUUGCCCUGUGCCUGCGGGAUCUGCGGCAAAGCCUUUUCCAGACCCUGGCUACUGCAGGGACACAUCCGGACGCACACCGGUGAGAAGCCGUUCUCCUGUUUUCACUGCGGUCGUGGAUUCGCAGACCGCUCCAACCUGCGCGCUCACCUGCAGACGCACUCCGAGGUCAAGAGGUACCUGUGCUCGGGAUGUGGCAAGUCCUUCUCACGGAUUUCUCUCCUCGCCAAGCAUCGCGAUGGCUGCUGCUGUCCUUUGACUUGA